AUGCGUAUUCAUUUCAAGGAAGCUGCUCUUUUGAAUGGACGAUGUUGGGGAUAUGAAAGAAACUGCACCUAUGAAAAGAGCUAUUCUGCCGAACUUGGUGUACCGAAAUGUUCGCCGUCAUCCAAACGGGAACGUUUCUACAAACAAGCUGAUUUUGGAUAUGUUGCUGAGAGAAGCAAUAUGCACGAUAUCUGUUCCUCACAAGAUCAGGGAGGAAGCAGUUUGAGAUGUUCGGACGAUCUUCGCUAUUGCCAGGCGGCCAACAUCUUCUUCCAUUUCAAGAGUUGGAACGCAAAAAAUUCGAAGCGAUAUCGAGAGGAUGUGGUCCAGCGUGGCGAAGUUGGUGGUAACUGUGAAAAAUUCAACUCCAAGAUCUUGAAGGGAAACCUGAACGAGCGCGGCUACUUACGUAGGCGGACGAGUUUUAUAACAACUUCGAGUCAGUGGCCUUCUUUCACUGUGGACGACGAACACUGUGACAUAAUUUUCGAAAGACCGACAAUUGUGAUGAAACUGGACGCCUCUGUGAACAUGUACCAUCACUUCUGCGAUUUUGUCAACCUAUAUGCUUCACAGCACAUCAACGGAUCAUUUAAUCAGCAGGUCGACCAUUGUCUGGGUGGACACAUUUCAAGUGGUGGAUUCGUUGACACGCCGUGGUUUGCGACACGUGAAAGCAUUUUUCUGGAUUCAAGCCUGUCAAUAACUGUCAUGGCUGGCCGUCGGUUUUUGCUUUUAAUGGGAAGCGCCAUGUUCCCAUUACUAGCAAGACAGGCUUUUGGUCUCUAUUAUAACACUCCACUGGUUAGUUGUAAAACUCGUUCUUCAAUUCGUUAUUGCAAGUCGCAAGCCAUUCAGGAAACAGGUUGCCACGGUACAGGACUAAUGCAUGCGUUUGCUCAUCAUAUUCUACAUCGAUUACGUAUCGAACAGGAGGGGCCUCUGCUUGAUAACGUACGGGUGACGAUCCUUUCGAGAGGCACCAAUUUCCAGGACCAAUUCUCACAAUUUAAAAUGGAGGGAAGGAAGCGAAGUGGGAGAGGAAACAACUAUAGCGGCGUUACG